GUACUCUUUGCGCCUCGGGGUGGCAGAAGAGAGCAAUGCCACCCUUUCCAUUAAGCUGUUGGGCACUACAUUCUAUAAUGAGAAUCAUAAGGCUGGUUAACGAGGAAAAGCUGGGCAGAGCGUCCUGAGAUAACAAGACAUCAGUGACAAUGUCCAGUGAUGAGAAUGGUGACAUACUCGUGUAGCUGCUCGAGAUGGUUUCCACAUCACAGGUUGUGCAAUGGAAGUUACAGCCUAGAUCAUGGCUUUGUUGAGUACUCAUCAAACUGUCCAUAUAAAUCCUAGUUGUUCCAUCUUCUUAUAAAGAUUUGUCUGCAAAAAUACAAAAGAACAUGCACUAAAGUCCAUGUGAUAAAUGAUAAUUUCCGCAUUCUAUGGAAUAUCUGUGGUCUCUUUUAUCAACAGACAAAGUCAUCAUUGCUUCACCCUAAUUAUUAUGCUAAUGGGACCAGCUUAAGCAUGACUUUGAGCAUAUAACCCUACUCCUUUUUCUUUUUAUUGAUAAUGAUGAAGUCUCCGUAUAUUCUAUCCUCUUCAGACCCCACUUUUGUUUAUACUGGAAUUCAGACCAACUUGAUUUUCCACGAUUUUCACCCACUUCAUUAUCACACCCUUGGUUAUAGUCCUACUUUUAGUCCAAAAGAGAAAAAAAACUUUCCACCUCCAACCCUUCUUUCUUCCUCAAUUUCAGCCAUUUUCCAAGCUCAAAGUCCUUCAUACCGUUGAAAAGUAAAGCAAACCAAAUAGUUGCCCAAAUCCAAUGAAACGAAAGACUGGAUCACAAUUGCCAAGGAGAUCAAAUUUUGUGCAGAACUUGUACAUAUUUCUGUUAUUCCUCUUCUUGAAACUCUUUGUUCUUGUUCAAUGUUCUAAUAAUAACAGCCUUACGAAAUCAUUAGAUGUUAUUCUUCAUGAACAUGCUUUCAAUACUUUGAUUCAUCAACAUACUGGAUCUUUAUAUAAUGCUACUGUUCCUUCCAGUUUAGCAGGAAUGAAACUCACAUUAGUGAGGUUAAGAAGCAGGACAUUGUGGGAAAAAGGUGCAAACUUUAGUGGAUUUUCAAUUCCUCCAAGAACAAUUCCAGUGCCUUAUGUUAAAAGAAUCCAUAUUGUGUACAACGAUAUGGGAAACUUGUCUACUCAUUACUUCAACAUAUCAGGUUACAAUCUCUUGACUUCUGUUAUUGGUUUCAUUGUUUAUGAUGCACCAUCACAUAUCAGCACCAUCACAAGUCUUAGAAAGCUUGAUCUUAGACCAAUGGGACAACCUAUAUCGAUCGAGUUCAAGAAUUUAACAGAGAUGAUCAAGGGAAGAACAACAAAGUACUGUGCAAUGUUUGAUGAAAAUGGAAAAGUUUCACUUAGUGUAAUGAGGUUUCCCAACUUAUGUUACACAAGAAAUCAUGGUCAUUUCACUAUAGUGUUACCUUCAGAGACAAGGAAGAAGAAGAGAAUAUGGGGUUUUUUGGUUAUCGGUUUCGUUAUCGGGCUAUUAGGUGUGGGAUUGGUGGCUGUUGUAGGAAGGAUGGUGUUGGGAAUUUAUAAAUCCAAGAAAACAUGUGAAAUGGAAAGAGAAGCAGAAGAAGGUGAGAUUUUGGAAAGUGUUAUUGUUGGUAGAAGCAAAAUGCCUGUUGCUAUGGUUACAAGAACUCAUCCAAUACUUGAAGGACCAAGUUUUCCAUAGUUUGACGUUAAUUUAUUUGGGACUGAGGCGUAGUUAUAAUUACAUCGUUUUGUGGUUUUUAAAGGUAAUCUCUUUACUUUGUAAGAACCCAUUUUGAUGAGUUCUCAUUUGUUUCUUUUUACUCUUGUACAUACAAAAAAAAUAAAAUAUGAAUUCAU